AUGCCACCGGUGGAAGAGCGACGGACAUCUACGGAUGCUUCCGAAAGGGAUAAUGUCGAAAUGAACGACACGGAAGUGAAAAGGAAUGGCAUAACAAACGGAAAGGUAAUUCACGACAGCCUAGAAUACGAGCCUUCUGGGUGGCUCGAGGUCUCCCUCACCAGGGUGGGUAGCUCCACCGAGCAGUUCUUCAAGAACAACGCAUCUGCUAUGAAGACCGUCUCCGCCUUCAUAUUUAACGGCCUUGUGGUCGGCUACUUCAUCGGAUGUUGGUACUACUGGGCUUAUUUCACGCAAACCCCAUUAGAGAUAUGCAACGGAUUCGGCAGUUUGAUAGCGUUCUUGGCCAUCGUAUACUUUUUCGUCAUAUACUUUAUGGUGGUCAAAAGAUACUUCGGGAAAUGGUUCGAACGCACAGUGUGGAGCAGGGUAGCUGGGGCCGCCGGAUGCCUCUGCAAUAUUAUGUGGGUCCGUUGGGGUUCCGUACUAGCGGUUCUGGCGGCGAUCGCUGUGUUCCUUUACUUCGACACGCAGCAUUCACCUGAGCGGCUCAUAUCGCUGCUCGGGCUAUGUCUGCUCAUCAUGCUGGGAUUCGUAUUCUCUGCACACCCUGGUCGAAUCAAUUGGCGCAGCGUGGGUAUGGGGUUGCUUCUGCAGUUCGCUUUUGGAGUUCUAUUCAUCAGAUGGACUCCUGGCAGAGUGGCUUUACAGUGCUUCUCUGAUAAGGUGGCGACAUUUCUAAUGUACGGCGUUGAUGGAGCAGCUUUCGCGUUUGGUGACUUGCUGGUGCGACAGGAAGGCGUGUUCGCGUUUAGUACCCUGCCAGUGAUAUUCUUCUUCAGUAUGCUGGUAGAAGUUUUGUUCUUCUGGGGUGCUUUGCAGUGGUUCUGCCUCAAGCUGGGGCAGGUGUUGAGAUCGGCCACCGAUACCACUGUGUGCGAGAGCGUUAUAGCUAUUGGAAACGUGUUUUUGGGGAUGUCAGAAUCGGUUUUGCUCAUCAAACCAUACCUCGAGCUGUUGACCAAGUCGGAGCUACAUGUAGUAAUGGCUUCCGGAUUUGCUACGGUGUCUGGCACCAUUCUCGCGGCGUACAUCGGUUUCGGCGCCGACCCAGCUCAUCUGGUGACCGCCAGCGUGAUGUCCGCACCGGCCGCCAUAUGCUACUCCAAGUUGCUGCUGCCGGAGACCAAGAGAUCUCUCACCACCGUGGACAACAUUCAACCACCGGAAAGUGAGGACCUCUCAACAUUAUCCGCGGCUACCCGCGGAGCAACCCACGGGAUAUCUCUGAUCCUGAACAUCAUCGCCAAUAUCAUAGCCUUUGUAUCCUUCAUUGCGUUCCUGAAUGGUGUGUUGGGAUACUGCGGUGGGAUGCUAGGGCAUCCAGGGCUGAAUCUGGAGUGGAUCUUGGGCAAAAUAUUUAUACCGCUGUGCUGGGUUAUGGGAGUUCCAUGGGAUGAGUGUGAGUUUGUAGGCUCUCUCAUUGGCCUAAAGACAGUGGUCAACGAAUUCGUCGCGUAUCAACGAAUGGGAGAAAUGAAGAAGGCUGGACUGUUAUCGCCCCGUUCAGAGUUGAUAGCUACGUAUUCGCUGUGUGGAUUCACCAAUCCAGCGUCAGCGGGCAUCAUGAUUGGAGCUAUAGCUGCUAUAGCACCUCACCAAAGGGAGGUACUCUCUAGUGUGAUGGUCUAUACCGACCCCUAGGGGUCUAUGACAACCUGCAAGGGGUCUACGUCAGCGAAAAAGUUUGGAGAACUCUGUCCAAGACCAUGGAUUGGUAACACAUCACCAGCCUAUCAAUGUCCCCACUGCUGGGGCACAGGCCUUCCUUAUGGAUGGAAUAGGGAGAUUGGAUUGGGCCAUGACUAG